AUGCCGCUGCUUCACCGAAAGCCGUUCGUGAGGCAGAAGCCGCGGGACCUGCGGCCGGACGAGGAAGUUUUCUACUGUAAAGUCACCAACGAGAUCUUCCGCCACUACGAUGACUUUUUUGAGCGAACCAUUCUGUGCAACAGCCUUGUGUGGAGCUGCGCUGUGACAGGCAGACCUGGACUGACAUAUCAGGAAGCACUUGAGUCAGAGAGAAAAGCAAAGCAGGAUCUCCAGAGUUUCCCAGAACCACUAAUUAUUCCAGUUUUAUACUUGACCAACCUUACCCAUCGUUCACGGUUACAUGAAAUUUGCGAUGAUAUCUUUGCAUAUAUCAAGGACCGAUAUUUUGUUGAAGAAACUGUGGAAGUCAUUAGGAACAAUGGUACAAGGCUGCAGUGUAGGAUCUUGGAAGUCCUCCCUCCAUUACAUCAAAAUGGUUUUACUAAUGGACACAUGAGCAGUGUUGACGGAGAGACUAUUGUCAUCAGUGACAGUGACGACUCAGAAACACAAAGCAGUUCUUUUCAACAUGGGAAGAAGAAAGAUGCAAUCGAUCCCUUAUUAUUCAGAUACAGGGUACAGCCCACUAAAAAGGAAAUGUAUGAGUCUGCUGUUGUUAAAGCAACACAAAUCAGCCGGAGAAAACACCUAUUUUCUCGUGAUAAACUAAAGCUUUUUCUCAAGCAACACUGUGAACCACAAGAUGGAGUCAUUAAAAUUAAGGCAUCAUCUUUUUCAACAUAUAACAUAGCAGAGCAAGAUUUUUCUUAUUUCUUCCCUGAUGAUCCACCUACAUUUAUCUUCAGUCCUGCUAACAGACGAAGAGGAAGACCUCCCAAACGAAUAUCUUUUGGUCAGGAAGACAACAUUGCUAGUAAGCAGACUAUUGCAAGAUGUCGGAGCAAAGCUAUUAAAGAAAGAGACAAACUUUUGAAACAAGAGGAAAUGAGGGCACUAGCUUUUGAAAAGGCCAAACUAAAACGAGAAAAAGCAGAUGCUUUGGAAGCAAGAAAAAGAGAAAGAGAAGAUAAAGAGAAAAAGAGGGAAGAAUUGAAGAAAAUUGUAGAAGAAGAACGACUCAAGAAAAAAGAAGAAAAAGAAAGACUUAAAAUAGAAAGAGAAAAGGAAAGAGAGAAAUUACGUGAAGAAAAACGAAAAUAUAUGGAAUACUUAAAGCAGUGGAGUAAACCCAGAGAAGACAUGGAAUGUGAUGACCUUAAGGAACUUCCAGAACCAACUCCGGUGAAAACUAGACUACCUCCUGAAGUCUUUGGUGAUGCUCUGAUGGUUUUGGAGUUCCUUAAUGCAUUUGGGGAACUUUUUGAUCUUCAAGAUGAGUUUCCUGAAGGAGUAACCUUAGAAGUGUUAGAGGAAGCUCUUGUAGGAAAUGACAGUGAAGGCCCACUGUGUGAAUUGCUUUUUUUCUUCCUGACUGCAAUCUUCCAGGCGAUGGCUGAAGAAGAGGAGGAAGUAGCCAAAGAGCAGAUAACUGAUGCUGACACCAAAGGCUGCAGUUUGAAAAGCUUGGAUCUUGAUAGCUGCACUCUUUCUGAAAUCCUCAGACUGCACAUCUUAGCUUCAGGUGCUGAUGUGACAUCAGCAAAUGCAAAGUACCGGUACCAGAAACGAGGGGGAUUCGAUGCCACAGAUGAUGCCUGCAUGGAGCUUCGACUGAGCAACCCCAGUCUGGUGAAAAAGCUGUCCAGCACUGCUGUGUAUGAUUUGACACCAGGAGAAAAAAUGAAGAUACUUCAUGCUCUCUGUGGGAAGCUACUGACCCUAGUUUCUACUAGGGAUUUCAUUGAAGAUUAUGUUGAUGUAUUGCGACAGGCCAAGCAGGAGUUCCGAGAGCUCAAAGCAGAACAACACCGUAAAGAGAGAGAAGCCACAGCUGCUCGAAUACGCAGAAGGAAGGAAGAAAAACUUAAGGAACAAGAACAGAAAAUGAAAGAGAAACAAGAGAAACUGAAGGAGGAUGAACAGAGAACUUCAGCUGCAGAUCUAGGGGAAGAAGGAAGGGAAGAUUUUGAUACCAGUGCUGACAGCAAAGAAAUAGAGCGGAAAGAUCUGGAUCCUGAUGUGGUUACUGAAGAUGAAGACGACCUGGGAUCACAUAAAAGGAGCAGAAGAGGAAAAGCAGGACAGACUGCAGUUAAACAAUGUAUAAAGCAAGAAGAGAUGAACUACUGUGUAAAGCAGGAGCCUCUGACUGCUGAUGCGGAAGAAGCUCUGAGACAGGAGCACCAGCGGAAAGAGAAAGAGCUCCUCGACAAGAUCCAGAGCGCCAUCGCCUGCACCAACAUCUUCCCUCUCGGACGAGACCGCUUGUACAGGCGGUACUGGCUCUUCCCUUCCAUCCCUGGUCUGUUUAUAGAGGAGGAUUACUCGGGUCUCACUGAAGACAUGCUGUUGCCUAGGCCUUCAUCCUUCCACAGUAAUGCACAGCCCCACAGUCCUCGGGUAUCUAUUAAAACUGAAGAGUCCUUCAUGUCUGAAUCUACCUCCAGCCUCGACCAGGGUCCACUCGACGAUUCUCUGCUGCUGCCAAAACCAGUGCAUAAGCCAAAUCGGUGGUGCUUUUACAGUUCCUGUGAACAGCUAGACCAGCUCAUUGACGCUCUCAACUCCAGAGGACACAGAGAAAGUGCCUUAAAAGAGACCUUGCUUCAGGAGAAGAGCAGAAUAUGUGCACAGCUCGCACACUUUUCUGAAGAGAAAUUCCACUUUUCAGACAAACCUCAGGCUGAUAGCAAGCCCAUUUCUUCUCGGGGACGAUCUUCUGCUGCAUGUGACACAUCACAGAUGUCUGCAGAGAGGCAGCUUGAGCUGCGACUCAGAGACUUUCUCUUGGAUAUCGAAGACAGAAUCUAUCAAGGGACACUAGGAGCCAUCAAGGUUACAGAUCGACAGGUCUGGAGGUCAGCCCUGGAGAAUGGCCGAUACGAGCUGUUAAGUGAGGAAAGCAAGGAAAACGGAGUGAGCAGAGCUGUGAACGAUGACGUGGAGGAGAUGGAGAUUGAACAAGCAAGGGUCAUAGUAAGAGACAGACUUUUGGGGCUUAAAACAGAAACUCCAAGUACCGUCUCAACUAGUACCAGUACACCACAGUCAGUGAGCAAUGUGGUUCAUUAUCUGGCUACAGCCCUCUUUCAGAUAGAACAGGGCAUUGAACGGCGUUUCCUCAAAGCUCCACUUGAUGGCAGUGACAGCGGACGCUCUUAUAAAACUGUCCUGGACCGUUGGAGAGAGUCUCUCCUUUCCUCUGCUAGUCUAUCCCAAGUCUUUCUGCAUUUAUCAACCUUGGAUCGCAGUGUGAUGUGGUCUAAGUCCAUACUGAACGCACGUUGCAAGAUCUGCCGGAAAAAGGGAGAUGCUGAAAACAUGGUGCUCUGUGACGGCUGUGACCGAGGGCAUCACACCUACUGCGUCCGACCAAAGCUCAAGACUGUUCCUGAUGGAGAUUGGUUUUGUCCAGAAUGUCGACCAAAGCAACGUUCUAGAAGACUUUCCUCUAGACAGAGACCAUCCUUGGAAAGUGAUGAAGAAAUGGAAGAGGGUAUGGAAGGUGAUGAUGAUGAAGUUGAUGAUGAUGAUGAAGAGGGUCAGAGUGAAGAGGAAGAAUACGAGGUGGAGCAGGAUGAGGAGGACUCUGACGAAGAGGAAGCCCUCAGCCCACCAAAACGAGGAAGACCCCAAGUUAGAUUGCCAAUUAAAACAAGAGGGAGAUUUGGCCCUUCUUUCUCAAGUCGCAGCCAACGACAGGACCCUGGAAGAUACCCUUCAAGGAGUCAGCAGAGCACGCCCAAAGCCACUGCUUCUAAAACUGCUGGCAGAAACCUAAGGAAAACCAGAUCUGCUCCUCCCACAGAAACUCGGUCUCUAAGACUUGGCAGUCGCUCCACUCGCCACAGUCCUAACGCGCUGCAAGCAGAUGUGUUUGUGGAACUGCUUAGUCCUCGUGGGAAGCGCAGAGUGAGGAAGAGUGCUGACAAUACCCCAGAGCACAGCCCCAGCCUCACCAGCCUCAGGGUCAGCACCUCCAGGCCAAGCGUACAGUUGAUUCCUUUAAAUUCUGCUGAAAGACUUUCUCUCCAGGAUAGUGAAUCUAAGAGAAGAGGCAGGAAAAGACAGUCUACAGAGUCAUCUCCUGUACCACUGAAUCGAAGAAGUUCUGGCCGGCAAGGAGGUGUUCAUGAAUUGUCUGCUUUUGAACAACUUGUUGUGGAAUUGGUACGGCAUGAUGAUAGCUGGCCCUUCUUGAAACUUGUUUCUAAAAUCCAGGUCCCAGACUACUAUGACAUCAUUAAGAAGCCCAUUGCCUUAAAUAUAAUUCGAGAAAAAGUAAAUAAAUGUGAAUAUAAAUUAGCAUCUGAGUUUAUUGAAGAUAUUGAGUUAAUGUUUUCAAACUGUUUUGAAUACAACCCUCGGAACACAAGUGAAGCAAAAGCUGGAACUCGGCUCCAAGCAUUUUUUCAUAUUCAAGCUCAAAAGCUUGGACUGCAUGUCUCACCCAGUAAUGUGGACCAGGCUAGCACGCCACUAGCUGCAAAGAAGUCACGGAUCUAAUUUUGUCCUUAUAAAGGCUAUACGUGAAGAAAGACGGAUUGUUGAUGAAAAUGGAACAUUAAAUCAUGCUCUGAAGCAGAUAUGUGUGUAGAGCAGUAACAGCUGGCUGACCACGUCAGUGCGGCCUGCACUGUAUUCCCAAUUUACUCUUAAGCACUCAGGAGAACGUAGGAAAGACUUCCUUUGCUACAGCUUUUGUUCAGUGUCUACUAAGUUGCAUAGACGUACUGGGUACAGUACUGGGUUACAGAGGCUUGUGUAUAUUUUGAGAUCAUUCAUGUGUUCAGGUAUCUUGGAAAAUAUUUUUUCAUCUAUGAUCUAUUUUGUCAUUGAGCUUUAGGAAUUCCGGUAGUAAGGAGGUUUUGUCUCCACGGUGAGUCUGCUAGACCACACCAUAGAGAAUGUGUCUGAACACUGUUUCAUGUCACAGGGUUUCAACACUACACAUGAAUGAGUCCAGUUCUCUAGCUCUGACGUGCUGUAGCCAGUACCAACUGAAUUUAUUAACUAGAUAUUUAUUUAGCAUUCAAAGUCAUUUGUGAAUUUGUUUUGUAUUUAUAAAAUUUAUACUUGGAAAAUGUUCUUUAAUUUUUUAAACAUUUUACUAUGUUUUUGUUUUAUUUCUCAACCAGUCUUAAUGAUUUAAAAAUAAAAAUGUCAUCCUAACAGUUCUGUUUUACAAACGAUAAGUUUCUGUGUACAACUUUUCUAAGUGUGCAAAUAAAAUGAUACAUUUUUUUCAA